UGAUAUUCGAUGAAGUCAAUCUUCUCAUUGUCUUUUGCCCUCGGCCUUUCUCUACUCGGGUACCUAGGUACUUGUAUCAUUUAUGGUUUGCCAGAAAACCGAUAACAAACCCCUCCCAAGCGUUGAUUCCGUACAUCGUCGCGCGACUAUAUCGCCGAGAUAAAGUGCAACCAUCACCGACCAGAACCAAACAUGGUACGCAAGAUUCGCUUGGGCGUCAUUGUCCCAUCUUCCAACACGACGCUCGAACCGCUCACGUCCGCCAUGGUGUCCUCCAUCGACGACCCCGGCCUGGACGUGAGCGUCCACUACUCGCGGUUCCGGGUGACGACCAUCGACGUCUCUCGCGACGCCGACGCCCAGUUCCAGCUCGGACCCAUGCUCGCCGCCGCCCGUCUCCUCGCGGACGCCGAGGUGGACGUGAUCGGCUGGAGCGGUACGUCUUCGGGGUGGUUGGGGUUCGACAGGGACGAGGCUCUGUGUGGAGCGAUCCGGGACGCGACCGGGGGGAUCCCGGCCACCAGUUCGGUCCUGGCCAUGAAUCGAAUCCUCGACGGCAUCCGACGAGGCCGCCGCCACGGAGACGGAGACGGGGACGGAGACGGAGACGGGGACGGAGACGGAAAAGGGGAGGGGCGGGGAGUCACCGUCAAGGUGGGACUCGUGACGCCUUAUGUUUCGGCUCUCAACGACGCCAUCCGUUCCAACUACUCCUCGAUCGGGUACGAGAUCACGCCCGCGCGGGAAAGACACCUGGGUAUGACCAAGAAUACGGAUUUCGCGGACAUCGCCGAGUCUACGCUGGACGGAAUGGUGGAAGGGGUCGUCGAGAAGGGGGGAGCCGACGUCGUCGCCAUCUUUUGCACCAACCUCGCCGGGGCCAGGAGGGCGGCACACUGGGAAGAACAGCAGCAGCAGCAACAGCAGCACCGGCGCAUCGUGGUUCUCGACAGCGUAGCCACGACGGUAUGGGGUAUGUUGCGAACGAUCGACGUCGAUCCUGCUUGCGUAAAAGGAUGGGGUUCGAUUUUUUCGACACCCUACGAUACACACAAUGCACACUAA